UUUUCACUCAAGUGAACUUACAGCAUCUCACUCAAACAAUUCAUUCAUUCCUUGAGAGGGCAUUGCACCUCGUUGCUUUUGUGAGCAUAAGGUGUGCCUUUACAUGCCCUGCUUGUUGCCUGCACCUCUCAGCAGACUCUCAAAUCCUGCAGAACUGAAUUUAAUCAUUUCUUGAAAAAAAAUGCAAUUUCAACUGACAUUUCUUUUGCACCUUGGGUUGCUCAGUUAUGCAAAAGCUGAAGAUGGAUGCAACAAGCGUGCCUGUUAUCCCACCACCGGCAAUCUCCUGGUGGGACGCAGCACACAGCUCACCGCUUCUUCUACCUGUGGGCUGGGCGGAGCCCAGAAAUACUGUAUCCUCAGCUACCUCGAGGGGGAACAAAAAUGCUUCAUUUGUGACUCCAGAUUUCCUUAUGAUCCACACACCCAACCCAACAGCCACACCAUUGAGAAUGUGAUUACAAAUUUUGAACCAGACAGAGAAAAGAAAUGGUGGCAAUCUGAAAAUGGUCUUGAUCACGUCAGCAUCAGAUUGGACCUAGAGGCACUAUUUCAGUUCAGCCACCUUAUUCUGACCUUUAAGACUUUUCGGCCUGCUGCGAUGUUAGUUGAACGUUCCACAGACUAUGGACACACCUGGAAAGUGUUUAAAUAUUUUGCAAAAAACUGUGCCACUUCCUUCCCCAACAUCACAUCUGGCCAGGCCCAGGGAGUGGGAGACCUUGUGUGUGACUCUAGAUAUUCGGAUAUUGAACCCUCCACUGGCGGUGAGGUUGUUUUAAAAGUUUUGGAUCCCAGCUUUGAAAUAGAAAACCCAUACAGCCCCUACAUCCAGGACCUUGUUACAUUAACAAACCUGAGGAUAAACUUCACCAAACUCCACACUCUUGGAGACACUUUGCUUGGAAGGAGGCAGAAUGAUUCCCUUGAUAAAUACUACUAUGCCCUGUAUGAGAUGGUGGUUCGGGGCAGCUGCUUUUGCAAUGGCCAUGCUAGCGAAUGUGGCCUGACACAGAUGGUGCGGGGAGAUGUGUUCAGCCCUCCUGGAAUGGUUCAUGGUCAGUGUGUCUGUCAGCACAACACAGAUGGCCCAAACUGUGAGCGGUGCAAGGACUUCUUCCAGGAUGCCCCUUGGAGGCCAGCUGCAGGCCUCCAGGACAGCUCUUGCAGAGCUUGUAGCUGUAACAGCCACUCUGACCGCUGUCACUUCGACAUGACCGUGUACCUGGCCAGCGGCGGGGUCAGCGGGGGCGUGUGUGAAGACUGCCGGCACAACACCGAGGGGCAGCACUGCCAUCGCUGCAGGCCCCUUUACUACAGGGACCCCCUCAAGGCCAUCUCGGAUCCUUACGCGUGCCUUCCUUGUGAAUGUGACCCUGACGGAACCGUAUCGGGUGGCAUUUGUGUGAGUCAAUCCGAUUCUGCCUUGGGAUCUGUGGCCGGCCAAUGCCUGUGUAAGGAGAAUGUGGUAGGAGCCAAGUGCGACCAGUGCAAGUCCAGUCACUACGGAUUGAGUGCCACUGACCCCCUGGGCUGUCAGCCCUGCAACUGUAACCCUCUGGGGAGUCUGCCACUCUCGACCUGUGAUGUAGACACAGGUCAGUGCCUGUGCCAGCCCUUUGCCACGGGGCCACACUGUGAGGAGUGCAUGGUUGGAUACUGGGGACUGGGAAAUCAUCUCCAUGGAUGUGUUCCCUGUGACUGUGAUAUUGGAGGUGCUUAUUCUAAUGUGUGUUCUCCCGAGGAUGGGCAAUGUGAAUGCCGCCCACAUGUCACUGGCCGCAGCUGCACUGAACCAGCCCCAGGCUACUUCUUUGUUUCUUUGAACUUCUAUCUCUAUGAGGCGGAGGAAGCCCUGCCACUCCAAGGACUUGCCCCUUUGAUAUUAGCCACAACUUUGCCUACAUGUGAUGUGUAUUUGCAACAGCAAGGAAAUGAUUUCAUAAUUGACAAUGGAAAUAUAAUACUGAAGAGAAAUCAGAAACAGAGCAUGCAUGGUGAUGAGCAGAGUGAGGGCUCGGUGACUUUUGGCCAGAUGCCUGCUGUUCACAUUGUCUUCCGAGAGCCGGUUCCCGGGACGCCUGUUACCUGGACUGGACCUGGAUUUGCCAGGGUUCUCCCUGGGUCUGGCUUAAGAUUCUCUGUCAACAACAUUCCCUCUCCCAUGAAUUUUACUGUGGCCAUUCGCUAUGAAACUCAGUCUGCGGCUGACUGGGUUGUCCAGGUCUCAGUUAACCCCCCUGGAGGAAGCGAGCGCUGUCCAUACAAGACUCCUCUGCAAAAGCCUCCAUCCUUCGUCUUACCAGCAGCCUCCAGAAUCAUGCUGCUUCCCACACCCAUCUGUUUAGAACCAGAUGUACAAUAUUUCACAGAUGUCUAUUUUUCUCAGUCUUUGGAAGGAGGGCCCUACGCUCAUUCAUACAUCCUUGUUGAUUCUCUCAGUCUUCUUCCCCAAUCCAAUGCAUCAGAGGAUUUCUGCAGCAAACCGGACAUAGAUGAAUAUCAGCUGCACACCUGUGUUGAAAUUGCCUGGGAACCAGGAGCUCAGGUGCUCCCUGGUGCAUGUGAAAGACUCAUAGUCAGCAUGUCUGCCAGGCUACACAAUGGGGCAGUGGCCUGCAAGUGUCACCCCCAGGGCUCAGUUGGGACCAGCUGCAGCCCACUUGGAGGCCAGUGCCAGUGUAAGCCGCACGUGGCCGGGCGCUGCUGUGACAGGUGCUCAACAGGAAGUUACGGUUUGGGGCGUCAUGGCUGUCACAUGUGUCACUGUCACCCUCAAGGCUCAAAGGGCACUGUGUGUGACCAAAUAACAGGACAGUGCUCCUGCCAGGAACAGGUAGCUGGCCGCCGUUGUGACCAGUGCCUACAGGGCUAUUUUGGAUUUCCCAACUGCCGCCCUUGCCUUUGUAAUGGGUUUACAGAGCUUUGUGAUCCAGAAACAGGAACAUGCCUCAGUUGCAGGGGAUUUACAACUGGAAGAAACUGUGAAAGAUGCACCGAUGGUUACUAUGGAGAUCCUUCUUCAGGACAGCCCUGCCGUCCUUGCCCAUGCCCAGAUGUUCCCUUGAGCAAUCGGUAUUUUGCUCACUCCUGUUAUCAGGAUCCUUGGAAUUCAGAUGUAAUCUGUAAUUGUCCUCAAGGUUAUGCAGGAAAGCAGUGUGAAGAAUGCUCUCCUGGUUUCUAUGGAAAUCCAGGAAUUUCUGGAGCACCUUGCCAGCCAUGUGCCUGCAACAACAACAUUGAUGUAACUGAUCCAGAGUCCUGCAGCCGAGUGACAGGGGAGUGCCUUAAAUGUCUGCACAACACUGAGGGGCCCAACUGCCAGCUCUGCAAACCUGGUCACUUUGGAUCAGCCCUCAAUCAAACCUGCAGAAGAUGUUCCUGUUAUCCUUCCGGCGUGAAUACCACUGAGUGUCCUCUGGGUCGGGGACCUUGCAUCUGUGACCCCAACACUGGCACAUGCCCUUGUCUGCCCAACGUCACAGGGCGGACCUGUGACCAUUGUACUGAUGGACAUUGGAACCUGGUCCCUGGCAGAGGAUGUCAGCCGUGUGACUGUGACCCCCGGACGUCUCAUGGUAGCCAAUGUGACCAGGUUACAGGCCAGUGUCUGUGUAAAUUAGGCUAUGGUGGGAGACGCUGCAGUGAGUGCCAGGAAGAUUACUAUCGUGACCCACUGGGGCAAUGCAUUCCAUGUGACUGCAACAGGGAAGGUACCCAGAAGCCCAUCUGUGACCAGAACACUGGCAUAUGUCACUGCCGGGAAGGUGUCAGUGGCCAGCGAUGUGAUCACUGUGCACGGGGUCAUGGCCAGGAAUUCCCUGCUUGUCUUCGGUGUCACUCGUGCUUUGAUCAGUGGGACCACACCAUUUCUUUCCUCUCCAAUGCAGUGCAUGGGUUAAUUAGGCUGGCCACUAACAUGGAAGAUAAAAGCAAAAACCUGUCUGUCUGUGAGGCUGACUUCAAAGGCCUCAGAGAGAACAUGUCUGAAAUAGAAAACAUUUUGAAACAUCUUGUUUUCUCAUCAGGGGAAUUCUUAAAAGUCAAGAAUUGCCAUGACGCUGUUCGGAAACAAAUUAUGCAGCUAAGUGAGCAACUGAAAACAGUGUAUGAAUUUCAAGAUCUGAAAGAAACAAUAAUAAAAAUGAUGAAUGAAUCAGACCUCUUACUUGAAAAUCUUCAGGAAGAAAUUGAUUUGCACACCAGUGCCCAUAAUGCAAGCAUCAUGGAUUUCUCAGAGAACAUCAAGAAGUAUUAUCACAGAUCAUCAUCUGCUGAAAAAAAAAUUAGUGAAAUUACUUCCAUCAUUAAUAAUUCUGAAAAAAACCGGAUUGAUUUACUUAACAUCAUAGAUACACUAACCUCAAAAGAAAACUCGUCAUUGGAAAAAUUAAAACAGAUUAAGACACCAGAUAUCCAAAUAUUGAAGGAAAAGGUAUGUGGAGAACGAGGGGACAUGCCAUGUGGGCUCUCGUCAUGUGGUGGCCCAAGCUGUCGGGACUCCCUGACCCUCUCAAGGAAUGCCCUUCAGAAAGCUCAGCAAACAGAGUCCAUGAUUCAUAAUUUGAGCAGUCAGGCUCAAGAGCUGAAGAAUCAGAUAAGAAAUAUAAGUAAACUGGCAGAAGUUUCCAAAAACAGUACCUUACAGUUAAGUGAGAAUCUGAGGAAUAUGAAAAACCAAAGUGAAUCUGAAGAAGAAAAAAUAAAACUUUUAAUCAAAGCACUGAAAAAGGUUUUGUCAGAGGAAAAUGUGCCUCCAGAGGACAUAGAAAAGGUUGCAAAUCAUGUACUUGACAUCCACCUGCCAAUAACACCACAAAACCUAACCCACGAACUUGACAAAAUACAGAAAUUUAUGCAACUUGGUGAGAACUAUGGGACAGAUGAAGACAAGCUAAAUAACGCAGAAAAUGAAGCACAGAAGAUUUUGGUGAAGGCAAAAGCAGCUGAAAAAGCAGCAAAUGUUCUAUCAAAUCUUGACAAAACAUUGAAUAAGUUGCAACAAGUUCAAGUCACUCACGGACGGGCAAAUUCUACUACCACACAGCUGACUGCCGAGAUAACAAAAAUAAAAAAGAAUGUCCUGCAGACUGAAAAUCAAGCCAAGGAGACUAAGAAUGAACUGGAUGUAGCAGAGCAGCAGUCCGCUCUGGAAGAUGAACUUUCCCGGCUGCAUAUCAAGUUACAAAGGAAUCAAGAGCAAGCCAUCCUUGCAGAAGCUCAGGCUGAAUCGGCCAGAGGCCAGGCUGGGGGACUUGAGAAGGAGUUUGUUGAGCUAAAGAAUCAAUAUGCUAUUCUUCACCAUAAGACAAGUGCGACAGGACUGACAAAGGAGACAAUUGCAAAAGUGAAACAGCUAAAAGAUGCAGCAGAGAAACUGGCUGGAGAUACAGCAGACAAGAUGAGAAGAAUAACAGAUUUAGAAAAGAAGAUCCAAGAUUUGAAUCUAAGUAGACAAGAAAAAGCUGAUCAACUGAAACAGCUAGAAGAUCAAGUCAUUGCCAUUAAAAAUGAAAUUGUUGAGCAAGAAAAUAAAUAUACAACCUGUUAGGCAGAGUUAAAGCACAAAGGCCUGUGCCUUCGUGUCUCUGCUGCUUCCCUCCCCAGAGCCCUCUCCCUUGCUGCACAUCUGCUCAGUGUGGCCGGGGAGCAGAACUGGGCCCAGGAAAGCCCACUUCAUACGGAAUAGAAAAGGGGAAAAAAAAGAGCUAGACUCUGGUUUUAGAAAUCUUUCCUCUUCCCUUUCAUAACUUAAAAAUAAUUAGUUAUAUAUGACAAGUACAAAUCUAAAUAAAUAUUCUAUUUGCUAAUAAUUUCAGGCAAAUGAACCUAGAUGUUA